AUGGCGUUUCAAAUGAAACAGAAGAUUUUAAUAGCGUCGGAUGGAGAGAGGGAUUCGGAAUGGGCUUUCGAUUGGUAUUGUAACAAUCUUCAUAGACCAGGAAAUAAUGUUAUUAUUGUCAGUUGUACUGAGAUUGGUGUUAAAUUGGCUACUAUUGCUCCAGAAGCGAUAAUAAAUGGCGACGAAACAGCUAUUGAAGUCUUUAUUGAAGAAGAGAAUAAAAUUUUAGCAGAAAAAGUUUCCAAAUAUCAGAAGAAACUUCGAAGUGCAAUGUUGGUUGGUAAAGUACUCACAUCGUGUCACACAUCUCCUAGUGAAGUUAUUUUAAACACAGCAGCAUCAGAAGAGGUGAACAUGAUCAUUAUUGGUUCUAAAGGAUGCGGACUUAAUCGACAGGGUGUGGGAUCAGUAUGCAACUACCUUGUAUCACAUUCAACAAUUCCCGUUAUUGUAUGCCGACACCCAGAUGCUGUUAACGACGGUUACGUUUCCAAAUAUGUCGUCGAUCCUAAAACGAUGAGGUUAAUUCCACGUAGAAGUUUUCAAAGCAGCACAGAACCAGAGGGUAUACCUGUGGCAGACUCAAGUGCAUUGAAUCAAGCUUCUACAGCGACGCAUAGAACUAUGGAAGAAGAACACAAUGCCUUGUCUGUACAAAACACAGACAGACGGUUGUCAACAGGGAUACCAGUUAUAAAUGUAUCUAUGACCGAUACAAGCAAUGUUAAUCAGAUAAAAAAAUUAUCAGAUGACUUGAAUAACGAAGAAACCCAACAAAACCACGCCAGCCUGGAGUCGGAUGAAAGUAUUUCAACAGAGAUGGCAGCUGAUGACAACAAGAUGAUAACUAGACAGACAGAACCUACUCAGUCAAAUGGAGAUGUUGAAGAUGAGGAUUUAAAUAAUGAUAUCACAGAAAAUACACCAUCUGAGACGCUGGAAGAUAAAGACAAUCUACAAUCCUUAGGCAACGGUAAAAGUGAGUCUAAGAUGCAGAAUGAAGUUCCCAAGUUAUCAACAAAGGAUGUAUCUAUUUUGUUAAGUACAAGAUUAAAUAAGUCAUCAAGAAUAGAUAGUCCACAGAUACAAGGCGGUCCAUUAUCUAACUAUGGGAAGGUUAAAACAAACUCUCCAUCAUCAUCUAACUCAAACGAAGAGGAUAGUACUGGUAGUAGUGUUCAGAAAGAAAUCGUGGAAAGGAAGACGUAA